AUGGGCGCCCGCCCUGGAUCGCGGCUACUGAGUCUUUGGUGGUGGUAUGUGGAAACGGAUUCCUUAGCAACUGAACAUGAAUUGAAACGCCUUGGAGAACACAAGUAUUCUGCGGUCGACAACAGCUGGCUUGAUGAGUUGUGCAUGAAAAGGUGGUGGGAAUAUGUCGUAACGUGGUGCCCAAUGUGGUUAGCUCCAAAUUUGAUUACUCUUAUUGGUCUCAUUAUCAACUUAAUAACGGUUCUAGUUUUAUCAUCGUUUUCCUAUUCGGCUACUGAGCCGGCUCCCUCGUGGGCCUAUGCCCAAGCAGCUCUAGGACUAUUUCUUUAUCAAACGCUAGAUGCCAUUGAUGGCAAACAAGCUCGACGAACUGGUUCGAGCAGUCCACUAGGCGAAUUGUUCGAUCACGGAUGUGAUAGCAUGACUCAAGUGUUUGUUACACUGAAUAUUUGUUACGCCAUGUCGUUGGGACACAUGACAAAUGCUGUGAUGUUCGUUUCGAUUGUGUCGGUCGUGAUGUUCUAUGCAGCACACUGGUCUACGUAUUGUACUGGUCAACUACGAUUCUCUAGGUAA